UUAACAGUUAGAUUCAUUGUAAUCCACAAACACAACAAACUUCUGUUGGCAAAUUCUUGGGAGAAACCACAAAUCUUCCCCCAAGUGUCUCUACGAUCUCUCCGUUUUCUUCUGUCCAAUUUUGCUUUUCAGAUAUUUUCAGUAUUUCGCCUUCAAGACGACCUCUUUUUUUUUUUUUUGUGAAUAAGACUUCUUAUUUUUAAGUCAACUGUGUACGGUUUAUUUAAAGCCUAUGGCAGGUUUCCACAGCAGAUCCAUUUGCAGCUAUUUGCUUGAGUAAUUUUCAAGUAAAGUCAUAUCCUGUUUUGUACAACUAACCCUUUUGCUUGCUUUCCUUCUUGCCUUUGUUGUUUUUUUCUUUCAGAAUUUGGCUUGUUCAGCUUAUUUUUUGAGCAGGGGUUGUUCUUAAUCUUUCACACUGUUGUUUCAUGGUUUUGGAGAUUCUGGGGUCUUUUUAUCAACUGGGUAAUUCAUAAAAUCUUCAAAAUUUUCUUUGGUUACUUGGUUCUUACCAAUUCUUAACUUCCUUUUUGGUAAAAUAACCUUAUUAACAAUAAUGCUCUGUUUCAAGGAGGCCAGCUCCUCUUGUGUACUAACCACUGUCUUCAUCUGUCACCAGUUUUCUUCUUUCUUCUCAAGUACUAUGGGGUAUCUCUAAUCUUCAGUUGUGGUAGAGCUUUUAACAAAGCUCCUUGAAACUUUGAUUUUCUUUGAUGGUUGGAAAAGCUUGUUAAGCUGAAUUAGGAUCCCUUAGAUUCGCAAACAUGGAAUAUGGGAAUGAAAUUUCAUCACCAUUAAGCUUUGCCCCAUCCUCUUACUUAUCGGAUGGGUCUGGUGGUCACCUUAUAGAAGCUGCCACAAGUACGGAAGACCCUGGGGCCAAUCUUGAAAUUCUGAGCCUGAGCAGGCUCAGCUGCAGUCUUGAAAAGUUGUUGGUCGAUCAGGAAUAUGAUUACAGCGAUGCUGAGAUAGUCGUGGAGGGCAACAUUGCUGUGGGGGUGAAUAGGUGCAUAUUGGCUGCGCGGAGCCAGUACUUCCAUGAGCUUUUCAGGAAAGGGAGAGAUGACAAUUCCAUGAAUAAGGAAGGCAAACCACAGUAUCUGAUGUCAGAGCUAGUGCCUCAUGGUCGGGUGGGGUAUGAAGCCUUCAAAGUUUUCUUGAACUAUUUAUAUACUGGAAAGGUUAAGCCGUCACCUAGGGAAGUCUCAACCUGUAUGGACGAUGCUUGUGCCCAUGAUGCCUGUGGUCCUCUGAUUACUUAUGCUUUGGAGUUGAUGUAUGCUUCUGCCACAUUUCAGAUGAAAGAGCUGGUUUUGCUUGUUCAGCGCCAUCUUUUGAACUCUGUCGGGAAGGCACUUGUGGAAGAUGUAAUCCCAAUUCUUGUGGCCGCUUUUCACUAUAAACUUAACCCGCUUCUAUAUGACUGCAUCCAAAGAGUGGCAACAUCGGGUCUCGAUGAUGCAUGUUUAGAGAAAGAACUUCCUGGGGAAGUUUAUCACGAGAUCAGAUCAGUCCGUCUCAAAUCUCAUAAGCAAGAGGCUGAGCCAGGUGCAGUGGAGCUAGACCCAAUGCUUGAAAAGAGAAUCAGGAGAAUUCACAAGGCAUUGGACUCUGACGAUGUUGAACUGCUCAGGCUUCUUCUGACGGAAUCCAAUGUCACAUUAGAUGAUGCAUAUGCACUCCACUAUGCUGCUGCCUACUGUGAUCCUAAGGUUGUUAAUGAGGUGCUCAGUCUUGGCUCGGCUAAUGUCAAUCUUAGGAACCCCCGAGGGUACACGGUUCUUCAAGUCGCUGCAAGACGUAAGGAACCAUCAGUGCUGGUGGCCCUGCUGAAUAAGGGAGCCUACGUGGCAGAGACUACACCUGAUGGCCAAACUGCUGUCGCGAUUUGCAGGAGACUAACUCGGCCCAAGGAUUAUAAUGAGAACAAAAAGCAGGGGGAGCUAUCCAAUAAAGAUCGUCUGUGCAUUGAUGUCCUUGAGAGAGAGAUGCGGAAUUCAGUAGAAUCUUAUAAUCAGGGAGUUUCAUCACAAGUGAUGCAUGAUGAUUUACACAUGAAACUGGAUUACUAUGAAAAUCGAGUCUCAUUUGCGCGGUUGUUGUUUCCUGCUGAAGCCAAGCUGGCUAUGGAAAUCGCAGAUGCAGAUUCAAACAUAAGGGAAGUAAAUUUGAAUGAAUCACCUAGCAUACAGACCAAAAGGCUUCAGUUGAGACUGCAAACCCUGCUUAGAACAGUGGAAACUGGGAGGCGCUACUUUCCACUUUGUUCAGACGUGCUUGACAAGUUUCUGGUGGAUGAUAUGUCUGAUCCUUCCUUAGUUGAGGAAGGAAGUUCAGAAGAGCAGAGACUGAAGAAAAGGAGAUUCACAGAACUGAAAGAGGAGCUGCAACAGGCAUUUUACAAGGACAUAGAACAAAAGAAAAGGUCGACUUUGUCCCCAUCAUGCUCAGCCUCCUCAUCUACUGCUAAAGAGGGUGCUGCUGCUGCGCCGCGUCACAAAACUAGAAGGAAGUGAUUUUAUUUUUGAUUUGAUUUAAUUUAGAGUUACUCUUUUUCUUUGUAGGUGGAACUGGAAAUUAUAAGAAUUGAGCAAGUUCUGUUAAUAUUUACUAAUGCACAGCCUAGCGUUGGAUUAAAUAUAAAUGUGCUAACAUGAGUAUUGUAAUUUAAUUAAAAUUAAGAUUUACUAUUCCUCUCA